CUAGUCUAAGGGCACAGAGUUGUACUUACUUCCCUUUAAAUUUUGAGAUAACAAGUCGCUGGGGUCUCUGAAUCUCUGAAUCUGAUUUAACGGCUGAACAUUACGGUAACCGGAGCUGUUAAAAAGAAGACACAAAUGUCGGAGGUAUGUGCAUAGUGACGAUAUCGCUCAUCUCAGUGAUUUAUUAUGUUUUUUUCCUGAAAGUUUUUACGGUAGUCAAGUAGAUAACUAGAGCAGAUAGAGGUCCUACCAUAGAGAGCCAAAACAUGAAAAGAGCUUGGAUGUUUCUGCCAGAACUUUAAUGUCAAUUUAAUUAUGUAUAUUUAUGACAUCUCUGCGGACAGAAAUUAAGUUUAAUUACAUUUAACAGCAAGUGGAAUCAAAAACAGUAACUAGAACUAGAAUAAAAAAAAGUAACUCAUUGGAAUACAAACGGUAAUUGGAAUAUAUAAUCAUAAAAUUUGCAAUCAAGAAAACAAUAAGAAUUAUCACAGAGUUUUUUUUAUGAGAACAUUUGCAUUAAAACUAGUAUUUGUUUGAUAUCAUAUUUUAAAAAAAAAAUAUUUUAUUGUAUAACAAGCAGACUUUUUUAUGACUGACAUAAAGCCUUCAUUGACAAACUUUCAGCAGUCAGAGACAAGGAAAAUGGCAUAAUUUUUUUUGUUAAAAGAGAGAAUACCCACCCUCCUACACAACUAGUUUUCUGCUGACAAAUUAUGACCUGCAUCUUAUUGAGUUAGGCACAAUUUCCCAUUAAUUUUAGCUUCCUGUGACAUUUAGUAUUGAAUAUUUAUUAUCUGAUUCCGGGUGUAGGAAUAUGAUUGGAAAUUAUUGUGUUAAAUAGGGUGGAGGUGACACCAUCAAGUACAGCACUGGGUGACACCAUUAGGUACAGCACUGGGGAACAACAUCAAGUACUGCACUAGGUGACACCAUCAGAUGAAGCAUUAGGCAGCACAAACAGGUACAUCACUAGAUGACACCUCAGGUACAGUACUGAGUGACACCAUCACUAGUGAAGCCACUGCAAUGUGAUACAGACGGCUUAUCAUACAAAGUAUAUAUCUUAGCAUACAAUAUAUACAUCUUAGCAUACGAAUAAGCCAUACUUAAAAAAGUAUUGGCUUGAUGACAUAAUUUAUAAUAAUAAAGAAUUAUUUUAAUUUAUUGCUUUGAGAAAACUUUUUGUUUUAUAGUUUCAGAUGAAGGGUAUGGAGAGAAAUGCUGAACCAACUACUAGUUUUUAAACAACACCAACUCAAAUAUGGUUUGUUUUUUUCUAAAAUAGUUUUGUGUUUUUUGUUUGUAUUUUAACUAUUCAUUAUUACGGUCAAAGUCUUUUAAUUUUUUAUUUUAUAAAAUUUAAUGUUUAAUAAAUUAUUGAAAACAAAGAAAACAUAAACUAAAGAGUUCAAUAUUCUAAUCAAAUCUAAGUAGCCAUUUUGUCAAAAGUUUUUGGUUUUUUUAAAAGUAGAUAUUAAAGUAAUAUUGCAGCAAUUUAAUUCAUUUUCACAGAAACAGCAGUCAACAUUUUUCCUGUUAGCAGUGACCUACAUUCUAUUUAAACAAGACCAAGCUUUAGAAGUUUGGCAAAACUGGGGCUGGUAUGAUGUUUUCUUUAGGAUAUGCAGCUGUGUAAGUCUGGUAAACUACUAAUCCAUAGAUACAUUUUAAUUAUACCUUUUUGUUUUUAAAUAAGACAUUUUUUUUGUGUUAAUUUCUUUGCUUCUAUCUUCAUUAAUUAUAUUUUGAUUAUUUUAAACGUCUUGUGUUUAAUUGCUAUAGUUAUAGACUAAUUGUAAAAUGGCGUCUUGCUUAAAAUGUGUAUUUAUUUGUGUGUUGAAAAUGAAUAUGUAGAAUGUAAUAAAAAAAUAUUUCCAUUUAUUUGGAACAAUAAAAGAAUCUUAUUUUGUUCAUUAAUCAAAUUAAAAAACUCAUAUGAAUCAAAGUCCAAAUAUGUAAAUUUGUAAUUGAUAUGGAUAAGCUAAAACGUUUCAAAUAAACUAUUUCAGUUGUGUUUUAAAGUGGGACCUGAGAGUGCAAACAAUUAACUUGAUUCAGUAAUUCAAAUUUAUGAGAGAAAAGAAAUAAAGUGAUUGUUCAUGGCAUCCCUCAAUCUUUAUUAGUUUUUAGUUUCUCAAAAUUUUCAAGUUUAACAACAGCAUAUUUUUAUUUGAAUUCCAGAUUAUUACUAAUAUAUGAUUCAUCAAUAAUUUAAAUGAUAAUUUUUAAUGUUUAUACAGGUCUUACUGCUCUCCCUAUUGAACAGAGAAGAAAGCAAUGGGUACAUCACUCUCAUUUGCUUUGUAUUCUUCUGGAAAAAUAUGUUUUCAAGUUAUUUUGAGAUAUCAACGAAGGGAAGUAAUGGAGAGCAAGAGGUACUUAAAUGUGUCAGCAAAUUGUGAAUCAUUUUCUUAGUUAUUAAUUUUAAAAUAACAGACCCGGUUCGUUAAAUAUUGUAGUGAUUGGUAUAGUCAGGGUUAAAUAAAUAAUUUUUAAAAAUGAUAAAAAUUUAUUUUUUCUCAAAAUAUUUAUUGACUAUAAUAAAUAAUCACAGCCACAAUUUUAUUCAUGAUUCUAAUAAUAAUAAUAUUCAAAUUAUUCAAGUACAUUCUGAUAUACAAAGUCAUUUGUUUCCUCAGGAAUCCCUUCAACAUUUUUACGUUCUGUUAUUAUCGUGUGUGUUUUUUGUUGGUGUUCAUUUAUUUUCCUGGUUAAAGAAAACUUCAGCCAGCAAAAAGCAAAAUGUUAGCAAAAUUUAUCAGGUAAUUUAAGUUAAACAAUUUUUUUUAAGCUUUUCCCAAACUGCCAGAAUAAUUUAACAUUUGAAUUUUCCAUCACACAUUGCAAUAGAAAAUAAUUCAUCUUAAAUGAAAGAAAGUUAUUUUGUUGCAUUAAUUUAGUUUCAGGCUUAGACUUUCAGAAAUCUAUUUUUUAGAUCUCUUCAAUUUUGUCAAUUUUCUGACGUCUUUUAUCCUAUACUGAUUUUUUCCAGUUUUCACACCCUGAAGAUGGUAACUCUAUCUUAAGCCAUUUAUUGAUGAAAUGGGUUUUGCAGUAAGAACUUGUCUUAUAUUUUUACAAAACACGUAAAUAGCUAUUUGGAUUAAGUAACUGAAAAGCAAUUUAUUCCACUUUCACUUUGAUAACCUUUUGUUUUUCAAAAUAACAUAGAAAAUAAUAAAGCAAUCUUAUUAUCUAGCAGCGUUUCAAAUAUAAAAAAAAGUUAAACAGCAGUGAGAAGAACUGUAGAAGAAUGCAUGGAAAGAAAACUUUUUUUUGUUUUCCUUAGAUAAAUAAUGUAUUUUUUUUUAAAGAGAGGGAAAAAAAAUAACCAAAAGUCAACUUGCUUCCAAAAAAAAAUGAAUGGCUUCAUGUUAGUGAAUCUCUUAAGUUAAGGUUAAAAUCUCCAAUUAUAUUUCCUUACAGAAUCAUAUGGACUGGUUUCUUAAAAAAUAAACUUCAAGAAAGCGAUGUACCUGAUAUUAACGUGCAAGAUAAAUGCCAGAACAUUUAUCCAGCUUUUAGUUUAGCAUUUAGGGCAGAAGAGCAAAAAUGUGAACUGGAGAUCGUGGAACAGAAGUUAGUUCAAUCAAUAAAAUAGAUGAUUACUCAAAAUCUUGUUAACUUAAUUCUAAUAUUUAAAAAUAAAAUUACAAUCCAUUCUUUGUUGCAAUCAUAUUUUAAGAAGAAACUUAUUUAAAAUUAAACUUAAUAUUAUCUUUAUAUUUUUUUUUUACAGGAAAUCAAAUGGUUUGAUUAAAAUAAACUGGUCAAAUAAUGAAAAGAUAUCUAGAGGAGAGGCAAAGCACAAGAAGCCAAAUAUUCUGCUGGUGCUGAUAAAAAUUUUUGGUCUGAAAUAUUUCACUUUGCAAGUAAGGAGCCACUAUUCAAAUUACGCAACAAAGUAGCUUGUUAAUUAAAUAAAUAAUAUUUAAUACACGGAAAUGUAGAUUCGUAACCAUGAGUAUAAAAUAAGGUUGAUUAUUAUAAAAUAAAAGCAUAAACAUUAUUGAAACUUAUAAAUUUGAUUAAAUGCUUAUUUUAUCUUUCCAGACACUUAAAUGUAUUUUGGACUUUCGUUUUUUUCUCAACCCUCUUUUGCUUGAGUAAGUAAUAAUAGCUUUUUUAAAAAAAAAAUUAUUUGGAAUAGGAUGUUUCACACCAUGACUUCAAUUGUUUAGUCUACUUAUGUUCUAGAAAAAAAUGGAUGCUUAAAAAAAAAAUAAUCAUAUCAUUACCAUUAUUAUUUUUGUUAUGAUUUUUUUUACAUUUUAAAUUAUUAUUAUUUAAAUUUUUUACUAAUGUUCUAGAAAAAAAUGGAUAUUUUAAAAAAUAAUCAUACUAUUACCAUUAUUACUUUUUAUUAUUAUUAUUUAUUCGUUUUUAAUUAUAAUUAUUUUUCUUAUUGAUAAGUAAGCUGUCAAGGGAAACUAAAUUUAUCCCCAUCAUUGGUGUUAUAGUUCCUCUUGCUAUAUUACAGAGCUUUGAUGAAACACAUACAGCAGAGGUCCACUGAGCCAGCAUGGAAAGGUUACACCAUUGUCUUGGCCAUGUUCUUUUCUUCGUUCAUCACUACUGCCCUGAAUGGCAACCUGUGGGUCAGGAUACAAAGGCUAAGUAAACAGACCAACAUGAUAUUGAAGCUGGCAAUCUUCAACAAGGUCAGUAUGUCUCUUCACAGUUGAAAAUAAAUUGAGCCAAGUAAAUAGAUAGCCUGAAAACACAUACAAGUUAAACUCAGCAGAGAAAUGGUUUUCAAUUAUUUUUUUAAAAAUUGUUAAUGUGACUUUCAGACUAACCAUAGGCGUAGCGAGGGUGUUUGGCGCCCAGGGACAAGAUCCAUUUUAAAGCGCCCCCUUUUCUUUUUUUCAACUCUCAAACCCAUUAUUUUCAUCAAUAAAAUAAUAUCAAAGCACAUUUUGGCGCCCCUAACUAUCUGGCACCCGGGGACAUCUGUCCCUUCCCUGCCAUCCCCUCGCUACCCCUCUGAGACUAACAACCUUUAGAACAGGAUCUAGGAAGAUUUUUAAAAAAAAUUAAAACAUUUUAUUUGCAGAAAUUAAUUUUUAACCACUUUAAAAUGCAAGAAACAAUGUUAGUUGCUAUUUACCAUGCUAACAAUGAUAUAUUAGCCACUCUUAUAUCAAGUCACUGACGGCAUCCAAUGAAAGAAAGACUACUGGGGAGUUAUUGUCGUUGUUGACAGAAGAUUGUGAUAAAAUAGUCAAUGCUGCAAACAACGGGCAUUUCAUCAUUCUGACACCCAUACAGGUAAACUCUAUGACACACAUAAAGUUAAACUCUAUGACACCCAUACAGGUAAACUCUAUGACACACAUAAAGUUAAACUCUAUGACACCCAUACAGGUAAACUCUAUGACACACAUAAAGGUAAACUCUAUGACACCCAUACAGGUAAACUCUAUGACACACAUAAAGGUAAACUCUAUGACACCCAUACAGGUAAACUCUAUGACACACAUAAAGUUAAACUCUAUGACACCCAUACAGGUAAACUCUAUGACACACAUAAAGUUAAACUCUAUGACACCCAUACAGGUAAGCUCUAUGACACACAUAAAGUUAAACUCUAUGACACCCAUACAGGUAAGCUCUAUGACACACAUAAAGUUAAACUGUAUGACACCCAUACAGGUAAGCUCUAUGACACACAUAAAGUUAAACUGUAUGACACCCAUACAGGUAAGCUCUAUGACACACAUAAAGUUAAACUCUAUGACACCCAUACAGGUAAACUCUAUGACACACAUAAAGGUAAACUAUGACACACAUUAAAGUUAAACUCUAUGACACCUAUACCGGUAAAUUUUAAGCACAUAUAAAGACAGUGGUGUAGCAAGAGUUACUGCUGUCAGGGUGGGUCAAGAUUUUAACCCCCUCCCCCACUUUAAAAAAAAACAAAAAAAACUCUGCAUUUGCCGCCCCCAAUAUACAGAUAAAAGUGCUGCACCACCCACACCCAUCUUCAUGACCAGUGCAUUCAGGUAAACUCUAUGACACAUACACAGGUAGGAUCUACGACAUCCACACCGGUCAAAUUCAACAAAUAAUAUUGUUUAGGAAUAUUUAAUUCUUUAAAGCAACAGACAUUUUUAAAAAUCUAUUUUUUAAAGGCAUGCGUUAAUUUCCUCUCUGUAAACGCGUUACAAGUUUUGGGAUUCACGGACACAGUGUUUGUCUACGCGCUCAGGUCUCCCUGUGUCUUUACAUGCUCUACAUACAACUUGGUGGUGCAACCUUUGUUGGUAUGGCAAUCAUGCUGCUGUUAAUUCCCCUCAAUGCGUGGGCUGGCAGGAAGCUGAAAUCACUGGAACAAGACAGGAACAGCGUGAAGGAUGUUAGGGUUAAGAUAAUGAACGAGGUCCUGGGGGGCAUAAAGGUAGGAAAACUCAACUAAAAUACAUUUUUUUUAAAUUGUCAUUUGCCUAUAGUUUGUAUCCAUGUUACAAAAACAAUACAAAACAAUUUUUAUUUAUUUUUUAAUUUAAUUUUAUAAAAACUGUGAUUAAAGGGAGACUACUUACGCUAUAUUGAUGAUGAUUGUGUCCCUUUUCACCCUUUCAGUUAAAAAAAAAAAAAUAAUAAUUUUUGUAAACAAUUUUUGAAAAAAGACUAUGCAUAGACUAACUCUUUUUUGCAGGUCCUCAAGCUUUAUGCCUGGGAGAAAUCCUUCGUUGACAAAGUUUUAGCAGUUAGGGACAGGGAAAUUACCAUAAUAAAAAGAAUCAGUUUUUACCAUGGUUAUAUUGAUUUGAUAUUCAGAGCUAUUCCUUUUAUGGUGAGUGACUUCAUGUCAUACUGCAAAAAUUUAGCAUUAUGAUUUUAUGGCUUUGCAUCAAGAGUCCUGCAAUUUUAAGGGGCAGCCUUUUGUAGGUUAUUGAUAUGGCUGUUUAAAUAUUCUUUUUAUACAAAUUUGAUGUAAAGCAGUUGAAUAAACAAAAAAUUUUACAAUUAUUUUCUUCUAUGAAUAAUUAAACAAUUUGUAAAUAAAAUGCAUUAUAUAAAUAAUUUUAAUAAUCCCAUAAUAUUUCUGGUUUGUCAUACAGGUGAGGAUUGCUGGUUUUGGUGUAUUUUUAAUCCUUGGGGGUCAACUUGACCCUGCCAAAGCUUUUGUAGUCACCUCCCUAUUUGCCAUCCUAAAUGGUCCAUUCAGCAUGAUGUCCCUUGUUUUCCAAGAUUUCGUGCAAGCAUCUGUUGCCAUUCAGCGGCUGAACAGCUUUUUUAGCAACAUUGAUAUAACCCAGCAUGUUACAGAGACUGAUAUCAAUACAUGUACAAGUAACAACAUUGAUAUAAUCCAGCAUGUUACAGAGACUAAUACAUGUACAAGUACAAUGCAAUCUGGUAUGAAAGUUGUCACAUACUGGAUAAAUUAGUUAAUUUUUAAUUUUUUCAGCUUAUGGAAAAAAAAAAUGUUUUUGAUUUCAUAUUAUUAAUAAGUCCAGCAUUUGUAAAAGGUUGAAAAUAAAUUGAGUUUUUAAACAUUGGCCAUAUUGGACAAUCUUGCAGUUCCAAUUGAUUUACUUUUCACUUUCAGAUUUAGCUAUUCAGAUUAAACAUGGAACAUUUUCUUAUGAAAGAUCCCACAAAAAUUCAAAUUUGCAAAAGUAAGUUCAUCCUGAUAUUAUUCCAUUCUUUAUUUUGGGAAUUAGGAAAACAAGUUUUAACAACCUUGAAUUAAAGAGGCAAAUCAAUGAAUACAUUUUUUAAUAGAGGUCCACACCAUUUUAUUUUUAAAAAAAUAAUAAUAAAGAGGGGUGUUUGGUGAAAACGUAUCGAUUGAUUUAAUUUUCUACACAUACCCAUAAAUAUUGAAUUAUUAUUUCCUAAAAUGACUUUUUUUUUAAUGUUAUUUUUCAGCGUUAAUCUCACUGUGAGAAGGGGGAAAUUUGUUGCCAUUAUUGGUAUGGUAGGUGCUGGAAAGUCAUCCAUCCUGUCUGCAAUCUUAGGUGAGAUGGAGAAAUGUGACGGGACUGUCUCCGUACACGUAAGCACUGUAUUUUUCAAGAAUGGAACUGUUUAGUUGAAAUGUUAAAUAGAAUAAAAUUCCUAUUCUUUGUCAGAUUUCUUUUAUUUUGUAAGCUAUUUAUAUUCAUCUUUCGUUUGUUUCAUUGCAACUAAAUGAAAUAAAUUGAGUCUCUGGAUGGUCUAAGAAAUAAUGUUUUUUCUCUGGUGGGCUGUAAGAAAAUGCAACACAAUGAGAGUACUGGGUAAUACUGUGGAGAGUUCGGACCACGACAGCGCCGCGGAGAGUUCGGACCACGACGGCGCCGGCGGCGCCGGGGAUUGUGGAUAGUUCGGAUCACGACGGCGACCGGCCGUCUGACAGGUACAGCCGGCGCCAGCUGACCAGAGAUCACGAUCGACGGAUCAAGCCAUCUGACCAGGGCAUUUACCUGGGACGUCUGGUUGGUUGGUAACCUUGCGCCAAUUGAGAAAAAGGGGCGGGGCGAGUACAGACCUGGGAAGGGAACUCUAUGAACCAGGGACUUAUAAAUAGGGACCUCUGGACGGGACGAGGGAGAACGCGGCUGGACAGAGAAGCAGAUAGCAGGGAGAGCGCGGCCGGAUGGUAUGAGUAGAGGGCAGUCAGAGUUGCGAGAUGAGAGAAAGUAUAAGCGAAGUAUCAGCCUAAUAAAGAACAAGACUAUAAUCAUCAGAUGUUAUCGCCUGAGUUGUUUCCAAAGUGGAUGUCAGAUAUAGAUGAAGAUAGCAGAGAGUAAGCAAGGUUUCCUUACAAUACACAUAAAAUUCCAUGAUAAUAAUAUUUAGGGAAAAGGUUCUUUUUUUCUCUCUCUUUUGUCUCUGUUUUGAAAAUAAGUUUCUUCAUUUCAAUGCAUUUUAUUUUAAAUUUGUUAUUGCAUGCCAAGAAUUUGGCUCAUGCCAUUGACCUCAUGCCAUUGACCUCAUGCCAUUGACCUCAUGCCAUUGACCUCAUGCCAUUGACCUCAUGCCAUUGACCUCAUGACAUUGACCUCAUGCCAUUGACCUCAUGCCAUUGAUCUCAUGCCAUUGACCUCAUGCCAUUGACCUCAUUAGCAGCCACAUGAAACAAUAGGAAAAUCUCCAACAAUUUUACAUUGACUAUUACUGCAAAAGGAAUACAAUUUCUCAUGACAUAACAGAUCUUAGUUUAUAAAAAUAACUUCUCUCAACAAACAAAAGGGUUCAACUGCUUUAGUGUCCCAAGAUGCAUGGAUUCAAAAUGCUUCUAUGCGAGACAACAUUCUGUUUGGAUCAGAAUUUGAUGGACUGAAAUACAACAAAGUUAUCGAAGCUUGCGCUCUUAGAGACGAUCUCAGCAUUCUGCCAGGGUCUGACAGCACAGAGAUAGGAGAAAGGGUAAUAAAUAAAUAGAUAAACACAAUUUAUGCUUUGCAACAGUUUACGUUCAUUCAAAAGUAUAAAUUUAACAAAAUAUAAUCUUUAAAAUUAUGUAGUGUCUAUAUUUUUCUUUACAGAUAAUUAUAAUACGACACAUUACUCUUGGAGUAAGGAUUAAACUUUUUCAUUUAAUUUAACGGAAGGAAAAAAUUAUUAAAUUAGUUGUUUUGGUAAAGAGUUAUGAAUAGAUACUUUACCUAAUAUAUUUAUAAUGAAUUUAUGCAUGAAGUUUGUAUUUCUUAAACAUUUAGGGCGUCAAUCUGUCGGGAGGUCAGAAACAAAGAGUUUCAUUGGCCAGGGCUGUCUAUCAUGAUGCUGACAUUUAUCUUCUUGAUGACCCCCUUAGUUCUGUAGAUGCUCAUGUUGGCAAACAUAUAUUUAAUCAAGUCUUGGGAAGAGAUGGAUUACUCAAGGACAAGGUAUUGCUGUUAGAAAGUUUUUAUGUGAUAAUAUUAACAAAGUCCUGUUUGUAUGGAAUUUACCAGGUGUUUCCCUAGAAUGAGUGUAUAAUUAAAAGAAAAAAAAAUCAAAGAGGUCAUUUAAAGUUUAAUAGUUUAAUGGGAAAAAAACUGUUUAAAAAUUUAAAUGAUUAAGUCUUGAAUUUUAGUUAAGGGUCAAUUUCUCUUUGGGUUUUUUCUUCCAAAGAAAGUUUAGUGAAAGGGGAAGUAAGAGGUAAGAAGUAAGAAGUGGCUGAUAAUGAAAUAUUUCCAGGGUAGAACAUGAUGAAAGGGCUAUUUUUUAAAAUAUAAAUCUUGUAAUGUAUGAGAACUAUUGCCUUAAAUUAUUUUACAUUUUUUACCAAAUGUUUCAUUACUAAAGAAAACUAAUUCUUUGACCUAAAUAUGAAACAAGUGUAUGGUGUGCAGUUCAUGUUCAAGGCAGACGGAUGAGUAUCAUGUAUCAUUUCAGCCUUACUAAAGCCCAAAAUUCUUCUCAUGACAUCUGUUUUUUUUUCACAUUUUAGUAGCAGGGAACUAAAAAAAAAAUAUGUGUUCAAACAGUAAUUAAAGUACUGGUAAUCUAUUUUUUUAAUAAAUUUUAACAGACCAGAAUUCUUGUGACCCAUGGAAUCCAGUGGCUUCCAUACGUGGAUGAGAUUUUGGUCAUGAAAGAUGGUAAACUUUCUGAGACUGUGACUUACAAACAACUGCUAGCAAAAAAUGGGCAACUUGUUGCAUUCCUUAGAGAGUCCACUAGAACAGAGACAGAAGAGAACAGAAAACUAGCUGGUAGGCAUGACACAAUUUCCUUUUAUAAUUUUGGUAUUACCAUGACUCUAGAGCAGUGGUUCUCAAGCUUUCUAGUGCCACGACCCCUUAAUACUGUUUCUCGUGUCGUGGCGACCCCCAAGCAACACAAUUAUUUUCGUUGCUACUUCAUAGCUGUAAGGAUAUAUGUUUUCAGAUGGUCUUAGGCGACCCCUGGAAAAGUGUCCCGCGACCCCCAAAGGGGUCGCGACCCACAGGUUGAGAACCGCUGCUCUAGAGACAUGGUGAUACUGAUGCUUCCGUUAUUUUUAAUAUACUGUAGAAUAGUAUUUAUUUUGUAAAAUUUAUCUGCCUUCUAAAAAAAAUGUGUUCAUCUCGAUUCCUUUGGAAAUUACAGAUCACAUCAAGAAAGAUUUAUUUUCUAAUGGGUUAGUCUUUUUUUUUUUUUAAACCCUCAAAACAUCUACUUUUAGAAAUACAUUUUUAAAUUUAAUUAUGUGUUAUUUUAGUUAAAAUGGAAAAACCCUUAAAAACAAGUUAAACAUCAUGAAAGUCCUUUUAAGAAUACAAUGUGAUUAUUUUAAAUAUGAAUAAUAUUUAUCAGCAUGAAAACAAUAACAGAUAACUGUUUUAAAAUUUAACAAUAAAAAGUCUUAAAAAACUUCAAGAAACAAAUUUUAAACAUUUAUCAAAAUGUUUAGGCCUACUUAUUAUUUUGUUAACAAUUUUCAGAACUGUUCACAAGAUUGAUCACAUUGAAAAGUCCAUUGGUGAAAACAAUAAUUGUAUUAGUGUUGAAGGAAAGUUAAUGGAGGAGGAAACAGCAAAAGGAGAUGUAUGUUAAAUUGUCUUACAAUUAUUCUUAAUUUAUUUUUUAAAUAUUUUCUUUUACAUUAAUUACUCAUUAGAAAGUAUAUGUUGGUGUCCCAGAAGGUUUAUGUUAUAUCUCAGCCAUUGUUAUGUUAAAAUUAAAGUGUGUUGUAUGGUGUCCGAAGUCCACUGCUAUUUUAUUAAAACAUAAAUUAUACACUCUUUGUGUAUGUUCAAUCACAUGUAAGAGGCAGGUCUUCAAAACAACUUUGUGUCAAUAUAGCCAUCUGAUCACGAUUCCAACUCUCUGGCACUACAGCCCAUGUAGGGAUUUGGCAUGCCUCACCACCUCCUUCCACUCAGACCUUCCAUCUAUCCCUGUGGCACUAAGGCCUGUUUAGGGUUUUGACCUGCCUCAUCACCUCCUUCUACUCAGAUCUUCCAUCCAUCCCUGUGGCACUACAGCAUGUGUUGGGCUUUGGCCUGCCUACCACCUCUUCCUUCCACUCAGACCUAACUGAUGUUUUUUUUUUCCAUGCUUGGAUUCACAGCUGCUGUAAUUUUGUUUUUACAUUAUUCUACUCAUUAUAUGUCCAGUUCUAGUGAGAGCUAUAUAUAUUGCUUUGUACAAUAUAGUUCUACUCAAUGUGUGUCCAGUCCUUGUGAGAAUUUAAUAUCACUCUCGUACUAUAUUCAACUCAUUUUUUUCCAGACCUCUUGGGAACUGUAUGCAGAAUAUCUCAAGUCUGUUGGUGUAAAAUCAGUCUUUCUGUUUAUAAUUGUCCUAAUACUACUGGUGAUCUCUAGAGAUUUCAAAGACCUUUGGCUCGGGAAGUGGACAGAGGAUAUCCUACUGAAAAACACGACAUUGUCCCACAACCCUGACGACAAGUCCUCUACUUUUAUUAAUUUAACAGUCUUUGGACUAAGUGGAGGGUUAGAGAGUUAGUCUCAGUUUUCUCAUUGGAAUCUUACAAAAAUGUUAGAAUUAUAAGUAGGACAAUGUAUAAAAUGCAUUAUUUAAUCACUUCAGCAACCAAAUUUGGGUUUGGUACAUAAUUAUUACAAGAGAAAUGUUUAUCUAAUGUUAUUUCUAGAAUUUUCAGAAUUUUACAGCAUGUCUUAAUAUAAACUUUUGUGAAGGUAAACUUCCAUUAAACUUCAAGAUUAAUUUAUAAACAAAAAACAUUUAAACACACCACAACUAAAACAAAAAACAAGAACAAAAACAUUUUUGGCUGACUUCAGUAAACAAUUUUAACAGAAAAUAAAAUGAGAAGGAAUUGGUGUGAAUUAUUAUACUUAUUAUACAUGUAAGUGUAAGUAUCAAUCUGAGAACAGACAAGUUUGAAUGACAAAAACGAUUUUUGGUAAAUCUAUAUUUUCGCCUAAUGAAGUUGAUUUUCUUUCCCCCUCUGUUUCAGUUGUGUUAGCCUUCAUGUUUCUGACCUUGGUCCAAUCAAAGGCUUUAGAAGCUGCCGGCAGACUUCACAAUAAGCUCCUUACUAACAUCAUGCGAGCUCCCAUGUCAUUCUUUGAAUCAACCCCUGCUGGUAACAUAAUUUCUUUUUCAAGCUACACUUUUUAUACCUGUCAUAAAAUGAAUUUAACCAGGUCAAUAACAUGCUCCGUAGUUUCUAAAAAAAAAUAUCAUAUUUUUGGGGGAGAAAAUGAAUUCUACUAAUCUGUUCAUUGUCCAAUAUAUAUUUUUAUAGACAGGCAUCAAGGACACAGGAAUGUUAGCCAAAAGUGUGAUUAUUUUUAGCGUAUUUAUUUAUUGUUUUUAAAUUAUGCUGAUGACCACAAUUACUUUUCUCAGCUCAUAUCAUCAACCGUUUCUCCAAGGACAUGCACAGUUUGGACGGCCUGGGUCCAUGUCUUGACCAGUACAUGCAGCUUGUGGGCAACAUUUUACUGCGCUUCUUGCUGGUCAUCAUUAUGACUCCUGGGCUGACGUUCUUCCUCGGGCUGGUUACCAUGAUUUUCUUGUUCAUACAGGUUAGUAAAACUUGCAUGAUGGAUGGUGGGUGUUUAAUAUUUAAGCCACUGGUUGGUAACAAGUUGACCAAGAAAUAAAUUGCCACUUCACUGGUUGGUAACAAGUUUACCAAGAAAUAAAUUGCCGCUUCACUGGUUGGUAAGUUUUCUAUGAAAUAAAUUGCCAGUUCACUGGUUGGUAACAAGUUUACUAUGAAAUAAAUUGCCACUUCACUGGUUGGUAACAAGUUUAUUAUGAAAUAAAUUGCCACUUCACUGGUUGGUAACAAGUUUACUAUGAAAUAAAUUGCCACUUCACUGGUUGGUAACAAGUUUACUAUGAAAUAAAUUGCCAGUUGACUGGUUGGUAACAAGUUUAUUAUGAAAUAAAUUGUCAUGGAAUUUUGACAAGGUGAUAAACUUCUCAAAAAACAUUUGCUAAAAUUUGAAAAGAGAACAAUUUUAUUUAACUUUUUUUGUUAAAUUGACUUGAAACAGCAACCUAAAUCUUUCUUGUUUAGUGAAAACCUCUAUAAAAAAUUGUUGCAAUUAACUUAGUUCAAUUCAAUGUUAUGCCUGGUAUUUUUAAAUUCAGCAGCAUUCUAAUUUUUGCUUUGCAGUAUCUUAAAAGUCAUUAUGGUGUUAUGUUCAUCAUCAAAGUGGAGGCAAAAAAUAUUUUCUCACUGACAUGAUUAUUUCAGAAAAUGUACGUUUCAUCAGCCCGCCAGCUGCGUUUGUUUAGCUCCAAGUCCACAUCGCCAAUUAGCGCUCAUUUUAAAGAGACCCUGGAGGGCGUUGUGACGAUUAGGGCGUUCAAAUCACAAAAAAGGUUCUCAAAGAAAAUGGAACAACUCCUAGAGACCCACCUCAAGUUUGACCUGAUGGAGACUUUUGUCUGCACUUGUUUUGGUAUCCAUAUUGCCCUGGUCUCGUCGUUGAUUGGCCUGGCGUCAGGGCUGGUUGUGCUUUGGGACAGUUCCAUCUCAUCGUCUAUGGCUGGACUCACCUUCAUGUACUCAUCCUCAGUGAGUUAUCAUUAUGAAUCAUGCACUGAAGGGGGACAAAAAAAUAGAAGUAAUUGAUCACGAAAGCAAUUUCCCUGAGUAUCAGUGUGUGAAAAGUUAUGGUUAAAUUUGAUUCACUUAUUAUUUACAGUUACAGUCUAUAAAAGUGAACUGUAGCCUCUAAGCAAUACACAAGAGACAGUUAAGUGUGUACACUUAAUGUGAUAUAUAAAAAUCAGCAGCCAACUCAAAAAUUUAAUUGAUGCUAGAGAUGUUUCUUUACAAAAUGGUCACUAAAUAAAAAUCCUUAGCUUUCCUGAAGGUAUUUUGAAUCCUUUUGAAAAAAAUGAUUUUUCAUUUUAAAUUUUCAAAUAAAAAAUGAGUUUUGAAUAAUUUUUUUUAAUUCCCAGAUUGUCAUGUUCCUGGGAAGAUUUAUGCAACACGCUGCUGUCACAGAGCAGGAGAUUGUGUCCUUGGAGAACAUCAUAGAUUAUUCAAGGAAACCAACUGAAGUGAGUCAGUCAGGGAAAACUCACAUGCAGCUUUCAAACAAACCACAUUUGUAUAUUGUGCAAGGUGAUUUGACUGAUGAAAAGUCACCAUAUUGAGAUAAAUGAACUAUCAAAAUCAUGCUGGUAAAUCAGAUUGGCAGAAAAAUUAUACAAAAUUAUUAUCGAUUGAUAAAAUAACUUUUUUCUCCAUUCCUGAUAUAAUACAGAAUACCAGGUUUUUGGAGUGAUGUGUCUGUGAUACAGAAUUUCAAUGAAUUCCCUGGGCAUUUGUAAAGCCUUUUAAAUUCUGUUAGUGUUUGGGUUCUUUCCUUCAUUGUGUUAAGUAUUAAAAUAAAAACAAAAACUCCUUGAAAAAAAACAACCAACAGUUUGGGUUCUCUUUAAACUAACAUUUUAAAAAAUGUGUUGACCUUAUUUAAAACAGUUUGCUUUAGAUAAAGUGGAAAUAUGUGCUAUCUGUUUCUAAAAGUUUUUUUGUUUUUUUUCUGGAAGUGGAAGCUUUAGUCUGUCUUAGUCUUAAAUCUGUUUAAAACUGAACAUGCCUUUAUCUCCCUUUAACAAAGGAAUUGAAAUGUUGGUUGAAUAUUAUCUCCCUUAACAACAUUUUUAAAAAAAAAAUUAAAAAGUUUCUCAUCCUUACCAGGCUGCCUGGGAAAUUCCAGGAUCUGCUCCCCUUGCUGAGUGGCCACAAUAUGGACAGGUCACUUUUGACCACUACAAAACACGCUACCGUGAGGGUUUGGACCUUGUUCUCAAUGACAUCACUUGUAAUAUUCGUAGUGGUGAAAAGGUGAGCAUUUUUACUCUUAAAAUGCUGACAAUGUUAAGUUGACUGUUUCUUCAGGAAUGGUUGAAAAGAUAUCUUUUUAAAAAAAGCCUCUGGUCAUUUGAAAUUUGGAACGUACUAAAACGAUUGUGCCAGACAGAGCUGAAGCUGUUUUGACAUUAGUGACAGCAUCAUUUUCAAACAAGCCAUGUUGUGUUCUCUUUUAUGAACCCCACUGUGCCCUAACAAAGAGCCAUAGUGAGAUAAAUAUUUGUCCAAAUGCCCAAAACAACCCUUGUUCAAGUAUAACUCUUUGGUUAAAAUUGAAUUGGUUCAUAGCUGAGUAAGUAAUAGGAACAUUAACUAUUUAAAUUAUUUUCAACAGGUUGGAAUUGUGGGGAGGACAGGUGCAGGCAAAUCUUCAUUAAUCAUGGCACUCUUUAGGCUGCUGGAAGCCUCAGCAGGGGACAUCAUCAUUGAUGGCUGCAGAAUUUCUAAGAUAGGUCUACACGACCUGCGUAGAAAAAUCACAAUCCUACCCCAGGUUGGUGGCAUUAAGAUUUCAUGUAAUUUUUUUUUUCAAAAUAGUUUUUGAGGUAUUAUUUGUUUUAAUCAAAAUAUAAUUUUCUUUUAUCCCAUAGCUAAAUCCAGGGUUGCCAGUUCAAAAAUUUAUAAAAUUUACUGACAAAUUUUCUGCAUCAAAGCAUUUUUUACAGGAAGUCAUUUAAAGUCAAAUUUUAAUGGAGUGUCUGCAAAUGUACAAAUGAUUAAUAACCCUGACUACAUUGUUCUUCAAAGGAUAUACAAAAUAAAUGUAUUUAUUUAAGCUAUGGAAAGCAAGAGGUUGACUUUUACUAGAAUAUGCAGAGACAACAAUUUCUUCAUGUUAAAUGCACUAUUGGGUAGCUGUAAAACAAUCAUUCAACGGACUAAUAUUUUAUGGAAAGACAAAUUCUUCAAGUCUCUGUUAGGCUCAUUCAUUGGAUAUCUUUAAUUUAUCUAUGCCAUAUUAAUAAAUUCAUUUGUGGACCGGUUGCCUAAUACAAGGGCAAUAACUAGUACUAGAUCAAUUUUAAAGCUCAUUCACAUCUCAACUUAUCACCCCUUGCACAAUAUGUUCUUAUUUCCUAUAUAGGUCUAUAAAAAUAAUCUCCAACUAAAAUCAAUCUUGUAUCAUGUAUUUAUUUUAAUGGCUUUCAAAUUCAGUUUCUUUUUAAAGCAGCUUCUUCCUUGAUGUCCCUGAUGGUUUACACCCUCUUUUACUUGUGUAACCAAGCUUGACUGUGCCACACCUGUCAUGCUUUGCUUUGUCUGAUCAGGUGACCAUUUACACACCAGUUGUCAUCCUAUGCUUUGUCUCAUCAGGAUCCAGUUUUGUUUAGCGAUAGCUUGAGAAUGAACCUUGACCCCUUCAAAGAGAAAACAGAUGCUGACUUAAUGGAAGCUCUCAAACAUGCCCACCUGCAUUCUUUUGUGAGCAGGUUACCAAGGCAGUUGGACUUUUGUUGUGGAGAAGGUGGCAAAAAUCUCAGGUACUAAUCUUCAUAAUAACAGUAGGAAAAACAAAGGUAAGAUGAUCAUUAUUCUGGACUUUAGUGGAGAUUUUAUCAGAAUUAAGCUGUUAAGGAAAAAAAACGAAUUUAUCAAUAGCAAUAAUAUGAAUAUGAACAUUAUGGUUACUGGAAACCUAUUUGAAAGAAAUUUCGUAGACUGAAAAUUGAUCAACGGAAAUUAGAUUGAACAGAAAUUCGGUUCAAUUCUUUUUUCAGUUCACACAAUUUAAUUUUGCGUCAAAUUUCUUUUUGAACGCAAUAAACUCUAAAGUCAAACAAAAUAAUUCAUUUCUUUUUGAACGCAAUAAACUCUAAAGUCAAACAAAAUAAUUCAUUCAAAAAGAAAUGUGAUGCAAAAUUAGAUCAUGUGAACUGAAGAAAGAAUUUGACCAAAUUUGGUGUCGAUCAACUUGUAGUCGAUAAAUUUUCCAUUGACGAAAUUUCUUUCCAACAAAUUUCCGGAUACGGAUUAUUAUUCUGGACUUUUAUCACUAUUAAGCUGUUAAGAAAAAACAACUUUAUGAAUAGCAAAAAUAUGAACAUAAUAUUAUUAUGUUUUCUGUCCAUAAUAUUUAAUCUGACUAAAAUUAAGCUGUGGCUUCUUUAAGUUUUUUCUGCUAUUGAUUUAAAUGACUUUAAUGUAUGGGAUGCUUAGGGUUUAGUAGGGAUGGGUGUAGGUAAAAGAAACCUUGGCAUAAAAUCAAAUCAUUAUUUUAAUCCACUUGACUCUCCUUUUGCCAAACCACAGACAUGAUGUAUAACUUUUUCUAUUACCCUCCCCUUCCCUGAUCAAGUGCCAAAUUUUUACUCUGCCGUAUGGUCUCAUUUCUAUUCAUUAAGUCAGCUUUGCAUGACUUUCUCCACAAUUACGUCCCUUUGUUGCAGUGUAGGACAGCGCCAGCUUGUCUGCCUGGCCCGUACAUUUCUACGAAAGACAAAAAUCCUUGUUUUAGAUGAGGCCACGGCUGCUGUCGACGUGGAAACUGAUGAGCUUAUUCAGAAGACAAUAUGCAGAGAAUUUAAAGAUUGCACUGUACUGACAAUAGCUCAUCGACUCAACACCAUCAUAGACUAUGACAGGUAAAUCACAGAUAGAUAGGUGACCUAAGAUAGAUAGAAAAAUUAUGUUAUAGAACCAAGAAAAAAAAAAUUACCUUUUCUUUUAAGCUUAUGAAGUGCAAAUACAAAAAUCAGAAAAAAAACCUUGGAAGAAGUGAUGUGUAAAAUAAUAUUGUAAGAUGUCAGAAAACUUAAUUCUAAACUGAAGGUCUUAUUUUAAAAAUGUCCACUGUACCAUGAUAUAGUGUUGGCAGAAGUGUGGACCAACAUAUAUUUGGUUGGCCAACAUGGCUAAACAUUACUAGGCAGAAGUGCGGACCAAUAUAUAUUUGGUUGGCCAACAUGGCUAAACAUUACUAGGCAGAAGUGUGGACCAAUAUAUAUUUGGUUGACCAACAUGGCUAAACAUUACUAGGCAGAAGUGUGGACCAAUAUAUAUUUGGUUGACCAACAUGGCUAAACAUUACUAGGCAGAAGUGUGGACCAAUAUAUAUUUGGUUGACCAACAUGACUAAACAUUACUAGGCAGAAGUGUGGACCAAUAUAUAUUUGGUUGACCAACAUGGCUAAACAUUACUAGGCAGAAGUGUGCACCAAUAUAUAUUUGGUCGACCAACAUGGCUAAACAUUACUAGGCAGAACUGUGGACCAAUAUAUAUUUGGUUGGCCAACAUGGCUAAACAUUACUAGGCAGAAGUAUUGCAGUAUUAAGUUCAGCUCCAGUUCUUUUCAGCUAUUUUCUACUAGACAUUUUUAAAUAUCAUGUAGAAUAAUAUUUUUCAUGAAGAUGCCCCACCCCUGGACUCACCCAAUGGGAUUUUUAUAAAGUUCAUUAUUUCUUACUGUGGGUACUGUCGGCCUCUGAACUGUUACUCAAUAGUUAACUCUUUGUUACACAACUAAUUCAAACAAGUAAACAUGACUGUAAUAAUGCUUACGUCAAGCUCAAAUCUCUCUUUAAAUUUUAAACCAUAAAAUCUUUUUUUUUUAAUUGCAACAGUUAAAACACAUCAUUACAAGUUUUACACAUUGAUUAAGAAAGGAAAAGAAAAGAUUCUCUUAUAGAUCCAAAUAAAUGCUUUUUUUCUUUUUUUUAUUACAGAGUACAUAAAAUUUUAGCAACAUAGGCUACAUAAAUAUUCUGAAAAAGACAAACUUUUUAAACUAGACAAAUUUAACAAGACAUCUAAAAGUACUUCUCAGGGGGAAAAAAAAAAAUCGACUGUCACUCAAUGAAUAAGUGACAAUGCUGACUUUAAGAGUGAUUAUUUAGAUCAUUUAUUUAAACAGCCAGGGGACCACGCUGGUAAAUUAUUAUAGAUUGGGGAACAAAUUAAUUUUUAAAUCUUUCGGUCCUUACUUUGAGGGAAUUAAACUGGUGCAUGCAGUUAAAUUUAAAAAAUUUUCCCAUCUUCCUUGCCAAUGAUCCAAAUGCAGUAACUGAAAUACAUUAAUUCAUUUAUGACUUUAUUGAUUCUUGUAAAUAUUUGAUUCACAAACAGAUUUUGGUCCCUGUGUGAUGUUUUGUUUAUUUAGCUCACUAUUUUAAAGAAACCAUCGGCCCAUUUAUUAUUGUUAUUAUUAUUCUAUACAGAAUUCUUGUUCUGGAUCACGGAUGUGUCAAGGAAUUUGAUUCACCUAGGAGACUGUUGGCUGACAACAAUUCAAUGUUUUACAGUAUGGCCAGGGAUUCAAAACUGAUCUAACAAAAUGUAUUUUUUUUAAAUCACAUUUACAUCCCUAAUCCAUAAAUGGAGUGAAAAAUUUAUUGGAUGGAAAUAAUCUACAGCAAAAUGCCACAACAUUCCACUCACAAGGUCAAGGUCCCACGAAUAUUUUGAUGUCUGCCUAUAUGAUUCUAAAUGAAUUUCCUCAUGAGCUUGCAAGUACUGUACCAUAUAUAAUAAAUACAUAUGUUACUGAUAUAUAAUUUUAACCAAUAGAAUAUAUUGAAAGACAGAUUAAAAAAUUCAUUAAAAAAAUUGUUUUGAAUAUUGUUUAAAGGUAUAAAAGGAAUGAAAAG